AAAGACGACAUCUUGAGGGGAACCAGCAAGGAGGCGAGGGUCGCCAACAAAUGAUCCGCAACUAAGCGAAGAGUGGAUGACCGGUCCGAUUUAUAAACGAAUCUCGGACCAGAUGCGGAGACACUUAUACCGGCCGCUACAUAUUAUCCACAACGGCCUUCCGGUUUCGUUAAGAGAAGCAAUCGACCCUCAUAAUUUAAUUACAUAGGUAGGUAGGUACCUAGCCUUAUAGCAAGAAGUAAAAUAAACAUUACAGCAAUGGCAGAGAUACAACAACCAAUUACCAUCGAAAAUGCCCGCGGUACGCUUAAAGUAAUCUUCUCCGAGGCGACGACACCCGUGGAGCGAGUCCGGUCCGCCAAACUCGCUUCUACGGCCUUCGGGAAGUCACUUACGCCGGAAGGUUAUCUAGAGCGAGAGGAAUAUCUCGCAAGUCAACCUCUUGCGCGAGGCACCGGCUGGCGGUGGUGGUGUCUCACAUUGGCCGAUAACCCCGAACAAGUGUUGGCCAUGUGCAAGACGAUGCACAGGGAUCUACUAGUCCGGAACGAUUCCGCCACGCGCGGGGAAGCGGUGGCACGCCAGGAACAGGGCUACUGCAUCUGUAGCGUCGUUACCGAUUCGACUUACAGGGGACGCGGUCUCGCCUCUGUCUUACUGAAAGGCGUUGCUGAAUGGUUAGAUGGGCCGGGAAAUGCGACGGCUAGUAUACUAUACUCGGAUGUGGGAGAUUUCUACGUUAGCAAAGGUUGGGAUAUUCUAGAUUCUUUCGAAUCUAUUCUGACAGUUCCCCUAUCCGUUCCACGUCCGGGACAAGUCCAGUUUCCAGAGACGCGCCCAUUAACUACAGAUGACAUUCCCCAUCUCUGCGAGCGGGAUGUGGAAAGUCUGGAAGAUGACUUCCAGAAAUACGAUUUCCCAAAAGACAGUGUGCUCGUGACCAUCCUACCUACUACGAACAUGAUCACCUGGUUACAAGCUCGAAUAGCAUAUACGAACAACCAGUUAAACGGCAAGACCCCAGAAGUAAAAGGCAGUAUCUGCAAGAGCGCAGACUCGUGGGUAUACUGGUACUCCGAUCUCCAUCAUCGAAAGAUCACAAUCCAGCGCGUCAAACCGCCCCGUGGCCAAGACGAAGCAACUUCGACACGGGCAAUCGCCCGGCUCCUACUCGACGCCAUCGAAGAGGCUGCCAAGUGGGAGCUUCCAGAAGUGGAUAUUUGGAAUCCCAGCCCGGAGCUUCACAGCGCGAUGAAGCUCCUCAAUUCGGAACUAGGAAUUAAGGUGACGAAUCAAAAACGGGAAAGCGAGCACAUACCGUGCCUAAGAUGGCGAGGUGGUGAAAAGCGGUCUAUCAUUGUCUCGCCCAAUGAGUUUUAUCCAUGGAGCUAGAUUGGAUACUGUAUUCCAGGGGUUCAUAUACAGCUACAGGAAAUAUUCAAAUCGUUGAUAAUGAUAAAUACCUAUCAAGUCAAC